AUGUCAAGCGUCAUCUACCCGGAAGUCCCCUCUGUGCUGGAAAAGACCAUGCACACCCAUCUCACCAUACAUGGCGCCUACUUCACUGCUAUCAGUGCAGGCGCGGAAUCAUCCGAGUGGGUCAGUGCUACGAUCACCGUCGUUGAAAUGCGCGAUCCCGCCGCAGCGAUGAAUACGGCGCACUGGGGGAUUGCCAUAUACUCCCCCUCGCAGACGACGCGCACGGUGUACCUCACGGGAACCGAGUGGACGGUUCACUGGGAAGAGAUUAUCGAUAUGGUGACGUUCUCGCGCCAGGCAGCUAACGAACCGCACCUCCGCUACUGUCUUCUGAUACGAGAGAGGCCAGAAUUCCUGCGCCUUGUAUAUUACUGCUCCAACAUCAGGAUGCACAUGUACACAGGUGUUCUCAAAAAUUAG